AUGCCUGCCAGACUGCUCGACGAAGAAGGUGACAUUACUCCAGAGUUUGAAGCUGCUCUUAGAGUAAUGUUUGCCAAAUAUGCCUCCCCUUCGUCCAAUACCCUUUCUCGUGCACAAAUUCAACAGUACUUCCUCGACACCAAUGGCGUCCCUUCCCCAGAUUCGGAAAUAGACGAAAUCAUGGAAUUCAUGGACAUCGAUGAGGACACUGGGAAUCUUACUUUUGGUGGAUUUAUGCAGAUCUAUCAGUUGCAGACGGAAAACGAUGAGGCGGAAACGUGGAAAGACUUGGAAAAGCACGGAUAUAACAGAGAUCUCCAGCAAAAUUAA